AUGGCGAAGGGAAAGAAAUUCGACAAGAAGAGUGCGCAGCACUUCACCCUCGUCCAUCGACCGCAAAAUGACCCCCUCAUCCAUGACGAGAAUGCGCCUUCGAUGGUGCUCAACCCGGUGCCUCAGAAGGGAGGACCGUCGAAGAGCAGGCACCUGAGCGACCUUGCAUCUGAAUUCGGAUCAGAGGCUGGCAGCAUACGAGCAAACGAAGGAGAGGCGGCAGAAUACGGCGUUUACUACGACGACACCGAAUAUGACUACAUGCAGCAUCUGCGCGGCUUGAACUCUGGAGGUGGUGAGGCUGUCUGGGUUGAGGCUUCGACAACGGCAAACAACGACAGGAAGGGAAAACAGACGCAAUCACUCGAGGAUGCAUUGCGCCAGAUGGACCUGGAGCACAAGAGUGAGGCUUUGCUGGAUUCGUCGGUCCUCCCCAACAAAAACUUGCCGCGGACAAACUACGAGACUCAGGUGGAUGUCCCCGAUGCCAUCGCUGGAUUUCAGCCCGACAUGGACCCCCGGUUGAGGGAGGUGUUGGAAGCAUUGGAAGACGACGCUUACGUGGAUGAUGAUGACGACGACAUUUUCAAAGAGCUUUCCAAGGACUCGCGCGAAGUCGAUCAGUACGAAUUUGAGGAUCAAUACGAAUACGUCUACGAUGACGAGGAUGAGGGCUGGGAAUCGGACGACACCGCGAAGCCGAACAAGGAGUACAAGGGUGAAGCGGUGCCUCAGCUGGUCCCUGUUGAAGGGGAGGCGUUACCAGAACACCAGAACGAAGACUGGAUGGAGGACUUCAAGAAGUUCAAGAAAGACCAAAAGGGUGGGAAGGUCCAGGCAGCCAAGGACACUCCGUCCGAGCUUCAGUCAUCUAUUUGGACCACGACAACCAUGGGUGGCCGGAAGAAGAAGAGAAAGGGAGCGUUGACCAACCCUUCUGCCUUUUCCAUGACCUCGUCUGCCAUGGUCAGGACUGAACAACUCACUCUUCUGGAUGCCAGGUUCGACAAGAUCGAGGAGGAGUACACAAAUGAGAUGGGCGACGACAUGGCCUCUGUCUCUGAAGUAUCAACAGCGACCAGUGUGACCGGACCCACCAGAGGCGACUUUGAUAGUAUCAUGGAUGACUUCCUGGGCAGCUACACCAAGCCUGGAAAACGUACAAGUAAGAAGAGCAGGCCGCAGACUGGUCUUGAGCAACUGGAUGAGAUCAGGCAGGGUCUUGGCCCAGCUCGGUUCCGUUCACUCGGGACAAAGAGGGUUUAG